GCAGGUGUAGAGGUGAGGAGCGUGGUGUGUGAGGCAGGUGUAGAGGCGAGGAGCUUGACCUGACGGUGUUGAGCAGAUCAUGUCAGUUGGUGUCCUUCCCUCCCGUAGAUUCUUUCACUGGGAGAGCGCCAGCAAGCCUGCCAUUAACCGCUGUGGUUUUCGCUCCACCUCCUUCCCUCACCCAGCUACCAUUCCUCACUCGGACACCAUACUUGUGCAGCACGCUCUCUACCCAUGCCCACACCAUCACCGUCACCACCAUCCUCACCGCUCACGACGACGACACUUGACUAGCGAGUCUCCGCCUUGGCCCAGGCGCACAAGCGAGGUGCCUCCACCCUCACUUGCCUCAUCUUGGUUCACUGAUACCGCCAGUCUGCUGACCUCCGACUCUCUCAGUGGUGAGGGUUCCUUCUUUAGUGCUGACGCCACUAUUAUUACCCCUGACACACUCUUUGUUUCCUGUCGCACCUUCGUCAGCGGCAGCAUGUCGUCUGCCGGGGCAGCCAGAAGCACCAUUGAGAACAGCGGCAGUGGUCCAUCUACAGCAGCUGCUAGGGAGGUGAAACAGUACCUCAGCCGUACUUUGUUCCCUCGUCCCUCCUCCACUCUGCAUGGCUAUGCCUCGCUCUAUCAUCGUCUGAAGAAGCUGCCAGCCUCCCACAGGAAGGCUCGGCAGGCCAAGACGCAUGCGGCAGCAGAUGCUGCGUCAGAGGCCAUGCAGCAGGAGGCACAGCCACCCUAUGACUUGGACGACGUCGACCACAUCACAGAAAAGAUCCAUUCACCUCCCCGCAUCGAAAUCCAUAUUUAUGUGCCAACUGCUACUGCUGCAGCAGCCUCAGCUGCUACUGCUCCUGAGGGGGAGACUGCUCCUGAUCCAUACUGAUCACAGAACUAACGAAUCAUGUUUCGUGUGGAACGUUGACGUUAAAUCAACAAUAACUGAUCACAGCACUGACGCAUCAUGUCUCAAGUGUAGAGAAGUUGACAUUGCACAGAUAAAACAAAAGCAGUCUCCCACCAUAAGAGGAGGGAUGUUGAGACGACCUGCAAAGAAAUUAUGUUCUUGAACGAAAUGACCACCAUUUGCACCGUGAUGUUAUUGUCGGCUCUAGCAAGACAAAGAAAGCAGAGUUUGAUUAGUUCAGUCCAUGCAAAUGUUUGCUCUAGGCCCAAAGAGCUGUCCUGGAAUGGUCAAGGGGCUUCCAUUGCCAUAUUUAGAAUAAUGAACACAGUACACGAACGACCCAUUAAAGACUAUGCUGCCUCAGUUCAAUGCACGGACUUCUCCAGCGAUAUAUAAAGGAUUGAAAUCAUAUGAAAUGAAUCCAUAACAAUAAUUCCUGGUGUUGAAAUGACAACAGAAGUACCGAAGGUUAAGCAAGAAAUAAGUUUUCCUUGUGAUCUAAACAGGAUAAAAGAAAAUGUAUUGCUAACUUUGCUCUUAAGAAGAAAAAAGACCAUACUGACGUUUCCAAGAAAAACAGCAUUGUUCGAAUUAUUGGAGGAAACAAGAGCAGAAUAGAACUGCAAAAUCAAUCAGUAUGCAACCUGAACAAAUUGCACAUACUUCAGUGACCCCUGUCAGCUCUUAGCUGUAGAUAUUUAACUUCCUUCGGGAGAAGAGUCAUGCAUAAUUCCAUUAUACGAGAUGUGAAUGGAAUAGUGCAACAUAUUGCCACAAGAAAUAUACUGUAAAGUCUUAAAGUCUUCAUUGAUAAGGCAAGAAACAAAUCAGAUCGAGUCUUAAGUUGCUGGCCCUGCUAAUCCUACUAAUCGCAGGGCUGGAGGAACUAGUAGAUUAUAUUAUUAUUAAUAUAGUGUAAUGAGGAAUAGUGCCCCAAAAUGAAAAGCAUUGAUUGGGAAGCUAGUCAUCUCAAGACAAGCAUAACACAGACAGACCCGCAAUGAUGUCAUCUCAAGACAAGCAUAACACAGGCACACCCGCAAUGAUGUCAUCUCAAGACAAGCAUAACACAGGCACACCCGCAAUGAUGUCAUCUCAAGACAAGCAUAACACAGGCACACCCGCAAUGAUGUCAUCUCAAGACAAGCAUAACACAGGCAGACCCGCAAUGAUGUCAUCUCAAGACAAGCAUAACACAGCCACACCCGCAAUGAUGUCAUCUCAAGACAAGCAUAACACAGGCAGACCCGCAAUGAUGUCAUCUCAAGACAAGCAUAACACAGGCACACCCGCAAUGAUGUCAUCUCAAGACAAGCAUAACACAGCCACACCCGCAAUGAUGUCAUCUCAAGACAAGCAUAACACAGGCACACCCGCAAUGAUGUCAUCUCAAGACAAGCAUAACACAGCCACACCCGCAAUGAUGUCAUCUCAAGACAAGCAUAACACAGGCACACCCGCAUGAUGUCAUCUCAAGACAAGCAUAACACAGCCACACCCGGAAUGAUGUCAUCUCAAGACAAGCAUAACACAGGCAGACCCGCAAUGAUGAGCUGGUUUGCAAAUUCGUUGAAGAAACAAACCAGAAAACAAAGGAUCGGUCCCAAAAAUCAGUAGAGUUGUGAAACUGCCGCCACUCACUGAAGGGUAAACUGCCGCCACUCACUGAAGGGUAAACUGCAGCCACUCACUGAAGGGUAAACUGCCGCCACUCACUGAAGGGUAAACUGCCGCCACUCACUGAAGGGUAAACUGCCGCCACUCACUGAAGGGUAAACUGCCGCCACUCACUGAAGGGUAAACUGCCGCCACUCACUGAAGGGUAAACUGCAGCCACUCACUGAAGGGUAAACUGCCGCCACUCACUGAAGGGUAAACUGCCGCCACUCACUGAAGGGUAAACUGCAGCCACUCACUGAAGGGUAAACUGCAGCCACUCACUGAAGGGUAAACUGCAGCCACUCACUGAAGGGUAAACUGCCGCCACUCACUGAAGGGUAAACUGCCGCCACUCACUGAAGGGUAAACUGCAGCCACUCACUGAAGGGUAAACUGCAGCCACUCACUGAAGGGUAAACUGCAGCCACUCACUGAAGGGUAAACUGCAGCCACUCACUGAAGGGUAAACUGCCGCCACGCACUGAAGGGUAAACUGCAGCCACUCACUGAAGGGUAAACUGCAGCCACUCACUGAAGGGUAAACUGCAGCCACUCACUGAAGGGUAAACUGCAGCCACUCACUGAAGGGUAAACUGCAGCCACUCACUGAAGGGUAAACUGCAGCCACUCACUGAAGGGUAAACUGCAGCCACUCACUGAAGGGUAAACUGCCGCCACUCACUGAAGGGUAAACUGCCGCCACUCACUGAAGGGUAAACUGCCGCCACUCACUGAAGGGUAAACUGCCGCCACUCACUGAAGGGUAAACUGCCGCCACUCACUGAAGGGUAAACUGCCGCCACUCACUGAAGGGUAAACUGCCGCCACUCACUGAA